AUGGGGGACACGGGGACCCGUGGGGGACACGUGUGUCCCAUGCUGCGGCGCUCUCGCGCAGCCCACAUCGAGGUGAUCCCCUGCAAGAUCUGCGGGGACAAGUCCUCGGGGAUCCACUACGGCGUCAUCACCUGCGAGGGCUGCAAGGGCUUCUUCCGGCGCAGCCAGCGGAGCAGCCUGAGCUACGCGUGCAGCCGCCAGCAGAACUGUCCCAUCGACCGCGCCAGCCGCAACCGCUGCCAGCACUGCCGCCUGCAGAAGUGCCUGCGCCUCGGCAUGUCCCGCGACGCCGUCAAGUUCGGGCGCAUGUCCAAGAAGCAGCGGGACCGGCUGCACGCCGAGGUGCAGCAGCAGCUGGAGCAGCGGGAGCGGGAACGGGGCGCCGAGGCCCCCCCGGCCUCCGCCUUCACCCUGGGCCUCCCCGGGGGACGCCGGGGCCACCCGCCGCUCUCCCCGGCCGCCCACGGCGAGCCCAGCAAGGCGGAGGGCAGAGUGGCACCCUUGGGCGGCCUGGAGCCCCGGGCGCUGCCCGACCUCCUGGAGCUCCCCGGCGCCUCCCUCGUGGACAUCGAGCGGCUCACGCAGAACGUGCUCAAGUCGCACCGGGAGACGUGCCAGCUGCGCGCCGAGGAGCUGCAGCUGCGCCGCUGGGACACCUUCUCCCGCGACGAGGUGGGCGCCUACCAGAAGCAGUCCCCGGCGCAGAUGUGGGAGCGCUGCGCCGGGCGCAUCACCGAGGCCAUCCAGCACGUGGUGGAGUUCGCCAAGCGCAUGGGCGGCUUCAUGGAGCUCUGCCAGAACGACCAGAUCGUGCUGCUCAAGGCGGGCGCCAUGGAGGUGGUGCUGGUGAGGAUGUGCCGGGCCUUCAACGCCGAGAACCGGACCGUCCUCUUCGAGGGCAAGUUCGCCGGGCCGGAGCUCUUCAAGUCGCUGGGCUGCCCCGAGCUCGUGGGCUCCAUCUUCGAGCUGGCGCACGGGCUCUGCUCGCUGCACUUCUCCGACAGCGAGGUGGCCCUCUUCACCGCGCUCGUCCUCGUCAACGCCAGCCACCCGUGGCUGCAGGAGCGGGCCAAGGUGGCCCGGCUGCAGGGGGACCUGGAGGUCGCCUUCCGCCUGCUGCUCCGCAGGAGCCACCGCGAGGGCAUCCUGGCCAAGCUGCCGCCCAAGGGGCGCCUGCGGGCGCUGUGUGCGCGGCACGUGGAGGAGCUCCAGGCCUUCCGGCGCCGCCACCCCGGGGGGCCGCUCGCCGCCUUCCCCCCCCUCUACAAGGAGCUCUUCGCCUGCGAGCCCGAGCCCCCCGGCGCGCCCUGA